GCCGGGGAGGGGCCGAGGACCCUCACAGAGGCAGGGGAGGCACCUCUUCUCUUCAUACCGGAUCAACGCUCCCUUCAAGUAGAACAGCCUUGGAGCUCAUCGCACCUGCUGGGUCUGGGGUGUGCCUGCGUCUAGCUGGCUGCCUCUUGGGCCACAGACGAUCCGGCAAUGAUGAAGAAAUGGGAGAGCUUAGACUCAGGGGAGUCUCAACAGGAUUCCAGCCCACACCCCCAGGAUGGGGACCCUACCUUAAGACCAGCUCCAGCCAAGCCCCACGCCUUCCCCGCUGUCGAGAGCCACAGCCAGCGCUUUGGAAAGGGUGACUCAGAGGACGCGUCCCUUGUGGACUGCUCUUACGAGGAAGGCCAGCUGGCAUCCUGCCCAGCCAUCACGGUCAGCCCUGUUGUCAUCAUCCAGAAGCCCGGGGAUGGCCCCACCUAUGCCAGGCAGCCGUCCCAGGACUCUGUUGAUUCCGAGAACUUCAAGCUCUAUGAUCGGAAGAAGAUAUUUGAAGCAGUUGCUCAGAAUAACUGUGAGGCGCUGGAGAGCCUUCUGCUCUUUCUGCAGAAGAGCAAGAAGCAUCUGGUGGACAGCGAGUUCAAAGACCCCGAGACAGGGAAGACCUGUCUGCUGAAAGCCAUGCUCAACCUGCACAACGGGCAGAAUGAAACCAUCCCCCUGCUCCUGGAGAUCGCUCGGCAGACAGACAGCCUGAAGGAGCUGGUCAACGCCAGCUACACGGACAGCUACUACAAGGGCCAGACGGCACUGCACAUUGCCAUUGAGAGGCGGAACAUGGCACUGGUGACACUCCUGGUGGAAAACGGGGCCGACGUCCAGGCUGCGGCCAAUGGGGACUUCUUUAAGAAGACCAAAGGGCGGCCUGGCUUCUAUUUUGGCGAGCUGCCCCUCUCCCUGGCUGCGUGCACCAACCAGCUGGGCAUUGUGAAGUUCCUGCUGCAGAACUCCUGGCACCCAGCUGACAUCAGUGCCAGGGACUCCGUGGGCAACACUGUGCUUCACGCGCUGGUAGAGGUGGCUGACAACACGGCCGACAACACCAAGUUUGUGACAAGCAUGUACAACGAGAUUCUGAUUCUGGGGGCCAGACUUCACCCCACUCUGAAGCUGGAGGAGCUCACCAACAAGAAGGGGCUCACGCCGCUGGCUCUGGCCGCCAAGAGUGGGAAGAUUGGGGUCUUGGCUUAUAUUCUCCAGAGGGAGAUCCAGGAGCCUGAGUGCAGGCACCUAUCCAGGAAGUUCACCGAGUGGGCCUACGGGCCCGUGCACUCCUCGCUCUACGACUUGUCCUGCAUCGACACCUGCGAGAAGAACUCGGUGCUGGAGGUGAUCGCCUACAGCAGCAGCGAGACCCCUAAUCGCCAUGACAUGCUCUUGGUGGAGCCGCUGAACCGCCUCCUGCAGGACAAGUGGGACAGAUUCGUCAAGCGCAUCUUCUACUUCAACUUCUUGGUCUACUGCUUGUAUAUGAUCAUCUUCACCACGGCCGCCUACUACAGGCCCACGGAAGGCCUGCCUCCCUUUAAGCUGAAGCACACCGUGGGGGACUAUUUCCGAGUCAUUGGAGAGAUACUUUCUGUUGUAGGGGGAAUCUACUUAUUUUUCCGAGGGAUUCAGUACUUCCUGCAGAGACGGCCUUCACUGAAGACCUUGUUUGUGGACAGCUACAGUGAGAUGCUUUUCUUCGUGCAGUCGCUGUUCAUGCUGGGAACUGUGGUGCUGUACUUCUGCCACCGCAAGGAGUACGUGGCCUCCAUGGUGUUCUCCCUGGCCAUGGGCUGGGCCAACAUGCUCUAUUACACCCGCGGCUUCCAGCAGAUGGGCAUCUAUGCUGUCAUGAUCGAGAAGAUGAUCCUGAGAGACCUGUGUCGCUUCAUGUUUGUCUACCUUGUUUUCUUGUUCGGCUUUUCCACAGCUGUGGUGACACUGAUCGAGGAUGGAAAGAAUGACUCUGUGUCGACGGAGGUGUUACACAAGUGUCGAGGGCUUGUCUGCCGGUCGCCAGACAGCUCCUACAACAGCCUGUACUCCACGUGCCUGGAGCUGUUCAAGUUCACCAUCGGCAUGGGUGACCUGGAGUUCACGGAGAACUAUGACUUCAAGGCUGUCUUCAUCAUCCUGUUACUGGCCUAUGUGAUUCUCACUUACAUCCUCCUGCUGAACAUGCUCAUCGCCCUCAUGGGCGAGACUGUCAACAAGAUUUCGCAGGAGAGCAAGAACAUCUGGAAACUGCAGAGAGCCAUCACCAUCCUGGACACGGAGAAGAGCUUCCUUAAGUGUAUGAGGAAGGUCUUUCGCUCAGGCAAGCUGCUACAGGUGGGGUACACACCUGAUGGCAAGGAUGACUACAGGUGGUGUUUCAGGGUGGACGAGGUGAACUGGACCACCUGGAACACCAACGUGGGCAUCAUCAAUGAAGACCCGGGCAACUGUGAGGGCAUCAAGCGUACCCUGAGCUUCUCCCUGCGGUCCAGCAGAGUUGCAGGGAGAAACUGGAAAAACUUUGCCCUGGUUCCCCUCUUAAGAGAUGCAAGUGCUCGAGAAAGGCACCUUGCCCAGCCCGAGGAAGUUCAUCUGAAACACAUCGCAAAGUCGCUCAAGCCAGAAGAUGCUGAGAUCGUCAAGGAUCCUUAGGCUGUAGGGGAGAAGCCAGGGACCACACAGGAUGCUCGCAACCCUGUGGGCUUUCAAAUACCCCGUUGUUGCUGGUGGCGGGGGCCACGUAGGGGCCACUGGCGGUGCCUCGGCAGCCUGGCCCCGCCAGUGCCUGCCUCCCAGGCCCUUUCCUAGACCCCUCGGGACAAGCUGUGGGAAGCAUUGCCCGAUGCAUGAGAAGAGAUAGUCACGCAACCCUCACUGUCCCCAAAUGAAUCUCCUGACACAAAAGGAUCUGCUUUUCCAGUUUUGACUGGCUUAAUCACACAUUGCGAAUAAGAAAUCUCCAUGUCCUCAAUGCAAUGCCCUGAUUCCUUCGAUUUUAUAUUCCUGGGCCUGAAAUGUAGCGAAUCCCAGGAAGAUACCUCUUAGAACAAAACCCUUCCUUCGAGAUAAAAUGCCGAAGCCCUUCUCUAUAUUGUGCUUAAUAUCUCCUCUGUCCAGAGGGGCCUGGGGUGAUGACAGUUACGCCUCAGAGAAAGAGGGUGAGGCUGGCCCCAUUCCCGGCUCUUCCAGAAUUCGGUGUUUCCGGAGUGACUCCCUCCUUCUGUGUGAUCCACCACGAUUCCGAAAAUAUUAGCUCUAUUGCUGUGCAAAUAAAAGUACCGAACCAUGUCCCAAAGCCACGUGACAAGAAUUUUUAAAUGAUCUCCCAUCUAUAGUGGCCAUGGUCCUGCUUGCCCGUGGUGGAA